AUGCGGCACGUUCUCGUCAUUUAUGUUCUCAUAUUGGUGCUUUCGCUGACCCAAGCCGAAAAAAAGGUGAAAGUGCAAGAGCCAGAAGUCACGAAAUUAGAAGUGGUGAACCUCGGCGAGGCCGAGAUCGGGCCGGAUCUCAAGCAGUCCGACGUUCAACGGAAACGAGAUUCCGGAUUUAGCUAUAGCAGACCGAAUCGUGUCUCUUCGAGCGGUCGCUUUCGCUUCCAAGUGCAUCAAUCAAAAGGUCAAAUCGCAUCCAAAGUUCCUAGUCUGUUAAUCAGACCGUUUACGAAAUACGGACCGCCGAGUCACUCGACUUCCGGUCCGAUCACGCACGGACAUGCUGAACAGCAGCGAAGCAAAUUGCAUCACGUCAAUCAACAGCAGUCGAUCAGAUUCGACUACGGAUUGGUCGACCAGGAAGUGCCGAGCCCGAUUCGAAACGUGGACUUCGCGGAAGCGAGUUCGAUCGCCAGUCAGAACAACGAGCCCUUUGGCAUGCACACGGCCAAUUAUUUACCACCGCAGAAUCAAAAGCUGCCGGCUUAUUCGUCGACGGAUAAUUUCACUCCCCAAUCGCAUCCGCCGAGUUCGUCGGCCGCACAAGUUCAGAGCUCGCAGAGCCAGAACUUCAUCUCGCAGCCGCAGAAUCAGAUCUCUGACGCCGCGCUUUUCCUGUCCGAGAACGCGCAGGCGAUUCAGCAACUGUACGGCGCGCCCGCGAGCAGUCAGAAUUUUGCGCCCGGCAACGAGCAGUUUCACGGCGCCGCCGGUAAUCAAAUUCAGAGGCCAAACGAUCAGUUCGGAAAUUUCGAGAGCACCUCGCAGAGCCCGCAGGAGUUCGGAGGCGGCGCGCUGCCCCCGUACGCAUCGGGCACGCUCAAUCCUCACGAAACUCUGCAACAGAUUCAGUCCUUGGAGAAAGAUCGGCUGAUCGUGCAGCUGCAGCAAGCUCUCGCUCAAGCGCGGACCACGCCGAGCGCCGAAGCGGCGGCGAGGUACGCUCAGAACCAGGCGAGUUUCAUUCAGAAUCAGGAGCUGCUGGCAUCCAUCAGCCAACAAGUGAAGCAGCAUGUCACGACGCCGCCGCAGAGCGCGGUUUUCGCAACCGGAAGUACCGCUUUCAGCCAGUCCCCUUUCCUGCCGGGCAGCACCACGAUAAAUCCUUCGGAGCUGCCGUUAAACUACGGCGUGCCGACCACCGUGCAAACACCGACGACGACCGUGACGGGAGCGCCCGUCGUUCAAACCCCGCCAUCGUCCAAGGGCGACGGCACCGCUCAAGUAACGCUGCCACAGCCCGCGCCUAAUCGGCCAGGAUCGCCCGCGAUCAGCUCCGCCGUGGGAAUCCCCGUUUACGGUGGCUUUGUGCCAACCCUCAUCACGGGAAGCAACCUGCUCCCCAGUUACAGCACCAGCAUUCUCUCGCCUGGACCAGUUAGACCGGGGCAGUCCGCCGGCGCGUCGCCUACUCACUUCGGGAUACCGAUUCCCACGGAACCGCCUGCGAAACCGGGAUCGGCGAUCCCGGCGACGACAAUACCGUCGGUCGCUUUCAAGCCCGAUCAAGCCGGGGUCGCUUUCGCGCCUGCGUUCACGCCGGUCGCUCUGCCGGUCCAACCGUUACGACCGAUUAGCGCGCCGUUGCAUCCCCUCGCGACGCCGGUGCAUCCGGUCGCACCCGGCAGCGUGACGUCGAGCGUGCAGCACACGUACGACGUGCAGACGGCGUUGAUCAAUCCCGGCGUCCUUUACAAGCCGGUCAAAGCGGUCCUGCCGGUGUAUUACUAUCCCAAUGUCGCGUACCAGAAGCCCGCGCUCGCCGUCGCCGGCUGGCCGAGCUAUCCUUGGAGUUACGCGCCUACGUACGCGCAGACGAAGCCGGCGCAGAUAUGGAAAUGCAUGUCUUGUGCAAUGGUACACGUGUGUUAUCAAGAUGUUACCGGCGUGACAGGUGUUACUGGGGCUGCUGGCGGCGCUCGUCUGCGACGCAUGCUGCAGGGAUCAGCGCGGCGACAGCCCGCCGCGUCUGUUUCGGCUGGGUCCGCCGAAGGACAAGCGCGGCCUGGGCGACCAUCCGGCGACUUUCCAUCCGUCGCACGGACCCAUCUCCUACGCGCGCCCGUUCAUCCGGGUCUGAGUUCCGGUUACGGCCUCGGGGGCUCGUCCGGCGGCUUUCCGCUGGGGCUUCACGGCUUAGGCGGCUCAGUCGGUCACGGAAUCGGAUACUCCUUGACUCCGUCCGCCCACCUCGCGUCCGGAUACAUCUCACCGGGACAGAGCCACGGCUCGCUGGGUCUUCAGGGUCUUUCGCUGGGCGGACACGCGGCUCAGAGCACGUACUCCGUGCCAAGCGUGGCGAGCCUCGCCGGCGGAAACAAUGGAUUCUUCAUUCCCUCGAAAACCGGCCCCGUCACCUUCGGACUGCACGGCGGCGGCGGCGGCGGCGCCGCGAGCACCUCGCACGGACUCUCGGCGUACAGCAACGGAGGAGCAUCGAGCAUUAGUCUUCCGGUGAUGCUGACGUCGUCGCACGGUCUGCUGGGCUCUUCCGGAUCGAGUUACAGUCUUCCCGUUCACUCCGCGUCUUCCGGUUCUUCGUAUCCCGUGACGGGCGGCCUGGUCAUCGGCAGCGGCUCGCACGGAUCUUCGAGUUACAGCCUUCCGGUUUCCGGAUCGACGCACGGCAUCUCCGCUCUCAGCGGCUCGUCAGGAUCUCACGGGGCGUCGUCUGCGUACGCUCUCCCCAUCGCAUCCGGAUCUCACGGGAUCUCCGCGCUGUCUUCCGGUUCCGGAUCGCCCAAUUACGCCGCGUCCGGUUCCUCCGGCAGCCACGGCGGACUCUCGAGCGCGUCGUCCGACAGUUCCAGUUACGAGGUGCCGAUCUCUUCGGGAUCCUACUCAAGCUCUGGAUCGUCCGGCUCCAACUCGUACGCCAACUACCUGUCGCCCCAGGACAGCAGCUCCAGCUAUUCGUCCGGCGGCAGCACAAGGUACAGCAGUCCUGCCGUGUCGUACGCAACGUCGAGUUCCAACUACGUGGACGGCUCCAGUUCCGGCUAUUCCGGCACGGCUUCCAGCUAUUCCGCCCCUAGCUCGAGCCACUCGAAUCCCAGUUCCAGCUAUUCCAGUCCCAUCGUGUCUUACGCCGGAACUUCCGGUUACACACCCAAGUACUUGAGUCCUUCCGGCUCGUACGGGACGCCCUCGGAAUCGCAGGGAUCUUAUUCCAGCGUGAGUCCGCGGUAUCUCAGAUACGUCCUGCCGAAAGCGUAUGAUAACGAAGAUUCCGAAAGCGUCAAGUACGACACGAUCUCAUACUCGAGUCCCGACGGCAAAUAUUCAAUCGUUUAAUUUAUAUUUUGAAAUAGAUCUUUUUGCAUUUUCCAUACUUUAACGUUAUUCGCGCGUUAUUAACAAUAACAGCGUGCAAUUAUGGAAUCCGCGUUUGGAUUUCAGGAUGAGUUUGUCGUAAUUUGAGAUUGCUGAAUGAUUAUUUCUAUGCUGACUCGAUCUUGCCAUGAAAACUUAUAGUGGCUAUUUCUGAUCUAUGAUAUAUUUGAAGGCCGAAGAGCCACGCGUAACAAUAACGCUCCAGAG